AUGGCCUAUUUUGAGGAGCAAGGAGGUGUGCCCUGUGGCUUCACCCGCCAGAAUUCUGGCAACUCCAUUUCCUUGGACUUUGAGCCGGACGUGGAGUACCAGUUUGUGGAGCAGUUGGAAGAGCGCUACAAGUGUGCCUUCUGCCGCUCUGUGCUCCACAACCCCCACCAGACGAGCUGUGGGCACCGGUUCUGCCAUCACUGCAUCCUGUCCCUGAGAGAACUGGACGCAGUCCCACUCUGCCCUGUAGAUAAGGAGGUGAUCAAAUCUCAGGAGGUGUUUAAAGACAAUUGCUGCAAAAGGGAAGUCCUCAAUUUGUAUGUGUUUUGCAAAAAUGCUCCCAGAUGUAAUGCCAAGAUUAUUCUGGGACGAUACCAGGACCACCUUCAGCACUGCCUGUUCCAGCCUGUGCAGUGCUCUAAUGAAAACUGUCAGGAGCCAGUCCUUCGCAAAGAUCUGAAAGAGCAUCUGAGCGCAUUCUGCCAGUUUCGAGAGGAAAAAUGCAUUUAUUGCAAAAAGGAUGUGGUAGUCAUCAAUCUACAGAAUCACGAGGAAAACUUGUGCCCUGAGUACCCAGUAUCUUGUCCCAACAAGUGUUUGCAGAUCAUUCCAAGAACUGAGGUGGAUGAACACCUGGCCGUGUGUCCUGAAGCUGAACAAGACUGUCCUUUUAAGCACUAUGGCUGUACUGUAAAGGAUAAACGGGGGAACCUUCAGGAACAUGAGCGUUCGGCCUUACGGGACCACAUGCUUCUGGUUUUAGAAAAGAACUUCCAACUAGAGGAGCAGAUUUCUGACUUAUAUAAGAGCCUAGAACAAAAAGAAAUAAAAAUCCAGCAGCUAGCGGAAACGGUAAAGAAAUUCGAAAAGGAGUUCAAGCAAUUUGCGCAGUUGUUUGGCAAAAAUGGAAGCUUCCUGUCAAAUAUGCAGGUUCUUGCCAGUCACAUUGACAAGUCUGCUUGGCUAGAAGUUCAAGUGCGUCAGUUAUUACAAAUGGCUAACCAGCAACAAAGUAAAUUUGAUCUGAGGCCUUUGGUAGAAGCAAUUGAUACAGUGAAACAGAAAAUCACCCUGCUAGAAACCAAUGACCAAAGACUAGUUGUUUUGGAAGGGGAGACUAACAAACAUGAUGCCCACAUUAAUAUUCAUAAAGCACAGCUGAAUAAAAACGAAGAGCGAUUUAAGCUGCUGGAAAGUGCCUGCUAUAACGGAAAGCUCAUCUGGAAGGUGACAGACUACAAGCUGAAGAAGAAGGAGGCGCUGGAUGGACACACAGUGUCCAUCUUCAGCCAGCCCUUCUACACCAGCCGAUGCGGCUACCGCCUCUGCGCUAGAGCCUACCUGAACGGGGACGGGUCUGGGAAGGGCACGCACCUGUCCUUGUACUUCGUGGUGAUGCGAGGGGAGUUUGACUCGCUGCUGCAGUGGCCGUUCCGGCAGAGGGUGACCCUGAUGCUUCUGGACCAGAGUGGCAAAAAGAACCACAUUAUGGAGACCUUCAAGGCUGAUCCCAACAGCAGCAGCUUUAAGAGACCCGAUGGGGAGAUGAACAUCGCCUCUGGCUGUCCUCGCUUUGUGGCUCAUUCCACUUUGGAGAAUGCCAAGAACACCUACAUUAAAGAUGACACCCUCUUCUUGAAAGUGGCUGUGGACUUAAGUGACCUAGAGGAUCUCUAG